AUGUCUACAGCAGACCCCUUUGCCUCCGCUGUCACAAUGUUACGCCACCCUGAAUCUUUACAAUCACUAUUCGGUCGAGUGAUCGGCGACCCUGUCCACCGCUUGGAAUGUAUAUGGGCCACAGAUGAUGGAGGCCGUUGUCGGAAUACAGUGCCAAAAAUUUCCCGCAUCAAUGGAGCGCUGUGCCUCGGGAUGUUUCAUGAGUUCCCUGUCAGUCAUUCACAUGAAAUGAGGCUUUCUAUGGCAGCAAGGUACAUGCUGUGUGCAGAAUGCAGCCGCCAUUCAUCCAGAUCAAGGGACUGCGCCCAACGAUGGAUGAAGCUUUUACACGCUCGAGCCAACCGAGUUGACCAAACCACACAAAUCGAACAAGAUGGGCACAGCUCUGUUCUACCGGGAGAUCACUGGCCAAGCAGCAUGUCAUACGACGCUGGUACACCCAGUUUCAUUCUAUCAGCACCUCCAUUCUACCAUCCAGUGUAUGGAAAGGCCUCAUAA